GUACCUGCAGGAAAUGCAUCAUCACAACAGGAAACCACCCGUGCCCAAACUUCCUCCAUUCUGUGCGUCAUAUCGAGCGUCAAAAAGCAUGAAAAGGAGUCAGAGUCAGGAGGAGCGAAAGAUACACCACAUAACAGUUAUUUUAACCAAAGCCAGGUGACCUGAACCGGUUUCAAAGAAGAACUGGACCAUGGAGAACUGGACACCAGGGUGGUGUACUGGGUUCUGCAGUAAAGAACCCUGAGGAUCUGGACUUCAUGUAGCUGUUACUUUGACACACAUCACCUACGGUGUUCCCUAACCACGCUCUGAGGAACAUAAUAAAGAGCAACAUGUACUGACUUGGCCUCUGAAUUCCCUCAUUCUCUCACAGUGUGAAUCUGUAGCAUGUGCUAAACAAACUGGUCUGAUCCACACUUACACAAAGACCUACAGGAUCUGCAGCACACCUUCGGAGGAGCUGAUCUGGUGUUGUAAUCACGCACACAGAGGUUCAAAAGACUGAUACGGUAUUAUUACGGGGUGUGGCACGUGAAAACAUGCUUCUGUGUGGAUUUGUAGUGUCCAACUUUUUUCUUUUUGAAGCUUGCGAUACGAGUUCGCUGGAGUCACGUCUCUUCACUGACAACCAGGGCUGUGUGUGAGCACUGAGUGAAAUGGUUGUGGGAACACAGGAAACUCCGGCUAGCAUGAGUGUGACCAUGCUGAACGGACAGGAGCAGCCCAAACUGGGCGUCUCUGCUAAGCCUGCCCCCUUCAUCCGCGAGGAGCCAUCCAGCAUCUCCUAUACGUUCGUAUCUAACCGGUUGAAGUAUGUUUCUCUGGGGGUUUUGAUGAUCCAGACCACCUCGCUGGUCCUCACCAUGCGCUACUCCCGCACCCUGCAAUCCGAGGGGCCGCGAUACCUCGCCUCGUCCGCAGUGUUGCUCUCCGAGAUCCUCAAGAUCCUCAUCUGCUCCCUGCUGAUCUUCAGCUACAACAGUUGUAGUGUCCGAGAUCUGUACCAGGAGCUGAAGGAGGAGAUCGUUCACAGACCCUCAGAGACCGUGAAGCUGGUGAUUCCCUCUGGUGUCUACACGCUGCAGAACAACCUGCUCUACGUGGCUCUGUCCAACCUGGAUGCUGCUACCUACCAGGUGACUUAUCAGCUGAAGAUCCUCACCACGGCUCUGUUCUCCAUCUCCAUGCUGGGGAGGAGACUGGGCAUCUGCCAGUGGCUGUCCUUAUUCAUACUGAUGACAGGAAUCGCUUUUGUACAGUGGCCAACACGCUCCGAGUUCGAGUCCAAGAUGGACUCGGGUUCGCGGUUAAUCGGGGUACUGGCCAUUCUGUUCGCCUGCUUCUCCAGUGGAUUUGCCGGCGUUUACUUCGAGAAGAUCCUCAAAGAAACCAAGCAGAGUGUCUUGAUCCGCAACAUUCAGCUAGGUUUGUUUGGUCUGUUCUUCGGUCUAACCGGAAUGUUUCUGCAGGAUGGGGAUAAGGUCUGGGAGAACGGGAUUUUGCAGGGUUUUAACAGUGUGACCUGGGCCGUGGUCAUUCUGCAGGCUACGGGUGGCUUGAUCGUCGCGGCGGUCAUCAAGUAUGCAGAUAACAUCCUGAAGAGCUUCGCUAUGUCCGGCUCCAUCAUGUUAUCUACGGUCAUCUCCUACUUCUGGCUGCAGGACUUUAAUCCCUCCAGUUUGUUCUUCGUGGGCGCUGUGCUGGUCAUCACGGCCACGUUUCUCUACGGGUACGACUGGAAACCUGGCGUGAACCCGAGCAAGCAAUAGCACGACGGACUCGGCCUGAACCAUGUGAUGUGCAGAGACUCGGAGAA